AUGUUUUUGUUUCUUGUGAUAUCUCUUUUGGUUCUGGAGUUCAACGAUUCCAAAGAAUUGUCAAGAACAAAGACAGAAGGGAACCCUGAAACAUUCAUGAAUAUUAGUGAGGUCUUACAAUAUCAUGGUUAUCCUAAUGAGGAACAUGAAAUACUGACAAAUGAUGGUUACUUUCUUACUAUCAACAGAAUACUUCGAAGGAAAGCCUUGGAGAAAACAGCUUCAAAACCUGUUGUGUUACUGAUGCCAGGUGUUCUUACUGAUUGUGGAAUAUGGCUGACUAAUGUGCCCAAUGGCAGCUUAGGUUUUGUACUGGCAGAUGCUGGCUUUGAUAUUUGGUUGGCAAAUAAUCGAGGAAGCAGAUGGUGUAAAAGACACCAGCACUUUUCACAUAAAGAAGAAGAAUUCUGGAAUUUCAGUUUUCAUGAAAUGGCAAUGGAAGAUCUGCCAGCUAUUAUAUAUUUUAUCCUAGCUAAAACUGGACAGAAACAGCUUUCUUAUGUUGGCUAUUCCCAAGGAUCCACUCUAGGAUUCAUUGCAUUUUCAGCUAUGCCAGCAUUAGCUGAGAAAAUAAAAAACUUUUUUGCAUUUGGUCCAAUAUAUUUGGUGAAUCAUAUCAAACCAUGGUAUGAGAUGAUAAUCAAAAUGAACCAAGUUGUUGUAAAG